UCAAAACAGUUUGAAGAAGAUUUCCUGUCAGCCCACAAUAAAUAUCGGAAGCUGCAUGGAUCACCACCUCUCCAGCUGAGCCGGGACCUGUGCAAGUCAGCCCAGAAAUGGGCUGACCACCUACUGUCCAUCAGAACCCUUCAGCACAGCAACACAGAUCUGGGAGAAAAUUUAUACUACAAGAGCUCCUCUAAUGCCCGAGAUCUGCCAGGUAAUGAACCAGUGGACAGCUGGUACAAAGAGAUCGAGAACUACAACUUCAGCAGACCUGGCUUUUCCAGUAAUACAGGGCACUUCACCCAGAUUGUGUGGAAAGACUCAAAGGAGGUUGGCUAUGGGGUGGCCACAGAUGGCAAACGGCUCUACUUUUUGGUGGCCCAGUACAGCCCAGCGGGGAACAUCACCAAUCCUGGCUAUUUUGAGAAAAACGUUCUGCCUGGUGGAACAGCAGCCCCUGCAGACAGCCCCGCAUCUGACUCACGCUGGAAACCAGCAGGCAACAAGGAACCCUCAGCAGAGAAAAACUAUAGCAACCAGAAUCCGAUUUUGGACAGAAGUACAGGUAAGAGAGGCUGCAGGAUCUGA